GUGCGUCGCCGGUCCGAUCUCUGCAGUAGCGUAUCGAUCGCGGUCCGGUGACAAAGUUUCGUUUUUCGUUAUUUUUGUAUGUGCGUGUCCGUGUGUCUGUGUGAUUAGUGUCAAAUGGUGCCUCGUCGUUUCAACGGAGGAGGACUGGCGGCCCUUUGUGGUCUGGCCGUUCUCGUAGCCCUGCUUCACUGCCAAACGACCCAUGCCAUGGAUCCGGAGUUGGAAGAGCGCGAACUGAGCGCUCGGAAUUAUGUCCAGAGCCUGGAGAAGCAGAUUCUGGACCGUAACAACGAGGCAACGGAAGCCUCCUGGGCCUAUGAAUCUAACAUAACCGAGGAGAACUUGAAACGGCGCAACGAAGUGCAGGCCCGGAAUGCUAUCUUCGCCAAGGAGGUUGCCCACGAACUUCGCCAGUAUGACACGCAAUCGUUCAGGGAUCAGGACCUCAAGCGAAGGAUCAAGAAACUGUCCGAUCUAGGACACGCGGCCUUGCCGGAGGCUCAGUUUGCCGAGUUGAUGGAUGCCGUUUCGAACAUGGCGGAAACAUACGCCACGGCUAAGGUUUGUGACUACAAGAACCGUACCAAAUGUGACCUGGCGCUUGAACCGGAGCUGACGGAGGUUAUGGCUACCAGUCGCGAUCCGGAGGAAUUGAAGUACUACUGGACUCAGUGGUAUAAUGCGGCCGGAGCGCCGAGCCGGACCAAUUUCGAUAAAUAUGUCGAACUGACCGGGAUUUCUUCGCGGUUGAACAAUUUCACCUCCGAGGCGGAAGCCUGGUUGGACGCAUAUGAAGAUGAAACUUUCGAACGGCAGGUGGAUGAAGCCAUUGAUGCGAUCCGUCCGUUGUACCAGCAGCUGCAUGGCUAUGUGCGCUUCAAGCUGCGACAGCACUAUGGAAAAGAAGUGAUCUCAGAGAAGGGUCCCAUUCCGAUGCAUUUGCUAGGAAAUAUGUGGGGUCAGACAUGGGAUAAUGUUGCAGAUAUCACCACUCCUUUCCCGAACAGCCGCCUGCUGGAUGUGACCGAAGAGAUGGUGAAGCAAGGCUACAAUCCAACCAAGAUGUUCCAGAUGGGAGACGAAUUUUUCGUUUCUCUCAACAUGACCAAAUUGCCACAAACUUUCUGGGAGAAAAGUAUCCUGGAAAAGCCAACCGAUGGACGUGAGUUGGUUUGUCACGCCAGUGCGUGGGACUUUUACAAAAAGGACGACGUUCGUAUCAAGCAGUGUACUCGUGUGACCAUGGAAGACUUCUUCACCGUUCACCAUGAACUCGGCCAUGUUCAAUACUUCCUUCAGUACCAACAUCAGCCCAGUGUCUACCGUGAGGGUGCUAAUCCUGGUUUCCAUGAGGCAGUUGGAGAUGUACUGUCGUUGUCCGUGUCCACACCAAAGCAUCUUGAGCGUGUUGGUUUGCUGAAGGAUUUCGUGAUGGAUGACGAGGCUAAGAUUAACCAGUUCUAUCGCGCUGGACUCGCCAAAUUAGUUUUCCUACCGUUCGCAUACACGAUCGACAAGUACCGUUGGGGAGUUUUCCGCGGUGAUAUCCACCCGGCAGAGUACAACUGCAAGUUCUGGGAAAUGCGCACAAAGUAUUCGGGUAUUGAGCCACCGGUCGUUCGCUCCGAAAAGGAUUUCGAUGCCGCCGCCAAGUACCACAUAUCCGCUGAUGUUGAAUAUCUACGCUACGUCGUAUCGUACAUCGUCCAGUUCCAAUUCCACCGUUCGGCUUGCAUGCUAGCCGGAGAGUAUGUCAAGGGUGAUCCGGAGAAGACGCUGAACAACUGUGACAUCUACCAAAGUGCAGCGGCAGGAAACGCAAUCAAACGAAUGCUGGCGAUGGGCUCUUCGAGGCCUUGGCCAGAGGCGAUGGAAGCGCUUACCGGGAAGAAAUGGAUGAGUGCCGAAGCGCUGCUGGAGUAUUUCCAGGAGCUCUACACAUGGCUGGUGGAGGAGAACAAACGAUUGGGCGCCCCCAUCGGAUGGGACGAAUCGGAUAAGUGUAAAUCUUCAUAGAGUACUUGAAACACCAAGCAGCCAUUUAUUUUUUAACAUCAAUAAACUAUUCUAUAACAAAUUUUAAGACAAAAAA